AUGGCUCAACUUACACAAAGUCAGGAACGUGAAUUACGUGCUGCAUUCGAUCUUUUUGAUAAAGAUCAUUCACAAAGAAUUUCUGCAGAUGAAUUACAAGGAGUCUUAAAAGCAUUGAAUAUAAAAGCAAGUCCUAAAGAAACAGAAACCUUAUUGAAACAAAUGGAUACGAAUAAUAGUGGUGACAUCGAUUUUGUAGAAUUUAAAAAUGCUAUGGCUCGAUCAUUUUUUAAAAAAUACUCUAGACAUGAAUUAUUAGAUGCAUUUAAAAAAUUUGAUAGAGAUGGAAGUGGUACUAUAACAUGUGAUGAACUUCAAGAAGUUUUUUCGGGUAUGGGAAAACAAUUAAGUAAAAAUCAACUUCAAUCCAUGCUUUCAUCAUUAGAUGUUAAUAAUGAUGGAAAGCUUUCAUUUGACGAAUUUUGCAAAUUAUUCGAAUAG